AUGAAUCAGGACGUCGACCCGAGGCAGGAGUCGGUCAACAGCCGCCCAGCUCCCAAGCGGCCACCAUUCGUGCGGAAGGUGGUGAGUCUGAAGGGGUACUUCGUGGCAAUGCGGGACGAGAUCGACCGCAAGCUGGCAGCGGACAGAGUGGUAACCACAGUGGAGCCUCAAGUAGUUCCACCCCCCCCAGUUCCCCCGUUGGUACAGUCCUCUGGAAACUCCCCUCGGGGAACCGGAGUGGACACAGGAGUUGCUACGGACCCGGGCACUACGUCGCGCGGAAUACCCGAAGGUGGCUCCUCCUCAGGAGUUCCUCAACGAGGUGUUGCAAGCACCGCUGGUUUGGGAGAAAAUGUUGUGGGCGUUGCACAUCAUGCCGAUGUUGCCGGAGUACCCGGCGGAGCUGACCCUGGCGGUCCAACGGGUGGAGGGGAUAGCCCCGCUCCAAUCAUCGAGUGCAAGGAAACACGCAAUGUCAUUAUACCGGGUAUUGAAGGGAUGAUCACGGCAGUGCGUAUUAGGAUAGACAACCCGCGGGUAUACCAGGAGUUUCGGGAUAACAAGGAUUUUCUCGAGGCAACGACCUCAAAGACGUCUAUCAAUGUAGAAGGAUCAGCUGUCCCAGUAGUCGUCAACUCACCCCUUGAACCCAUCAUGCCCCUGACUUGUAAUAAGAAGAGCGUGAUUAAUAGUGAGCUAGUGAGAGACAGUUUGAUGCGUAAAAUGGGUGUGGAUGGCUUUGUGAAGGGAGUUAUGACGAUCGAGGCACGUAUAGAUGUCACUCGCUACCGUGAGAUAGCCACUGCCAUCGAAAGGAUUGACACACUGCGCACUGCGCUACCAUUUCACACUCAGGGCAUGGCGGCGGCUCUCAGCUUGAUGCCCUGGUAUUACGGCCCAGACCCGGCUCCUCGUUACCGAGAUACGUGUAUUCGGACGGGUUACGGACGGGAUGUUGUCUACCAUACGCCACUCGUGGAGCUCUGGGACAUAAUAACUCGCGGCACUCGCCAGCGGCGCCCUAGGGCAGCACCUACAGAUGAUGAGUGGGUAACGGCUAUCCGCAUCGGGCUUAACGUGGACGCCGAGGAUGACGAGGUACCGGCUGAAGAAGAUGGAGAUGAAGAUUCAGAGGAAAUGCCCCCGCCUAACCGGGCACCAGACAUGGCCGAUGUCUUCUAUACUGUGCCGCAGGCCUAUAAUAUAUCAAGGGACCCUCUCUUCCUAGCAUGGCUGUUUCCAGCCCACGGUAUCUCAGAGGCAGGUGUUAGCAUAACUGGUUGCUCACCCUAUGCGGACAACAGCGUCGCCCUUUUUGGUGACACAGUCGUCAGCGCUUCUAUGGAUGACUUUGAAGCCAUCCAUGACCUGCGUCGGCGUGGGGUGAAUUUGGAAGUGCGUGAUCUGGCAGAUAGGUUACUUGUGGCGGCGUAUGGCCGGAAUUAUCUCGUUCCGCAGGUGCCCGUAUCUUUAUUCGUCGCAUCCAGACGCAUGGAGGGAUUUCCGAUCGACCUGGUCCCCAAGUAUCGCACCGCGCUCAGCAAUAUCUCAGGCAUGAAUGAACAGGAGCCCGUGCGCGCCCAUACAGAUAGAGAUAGCGAUUUCUAUAAGUAUUCGGUUCUUGCGUGGUGA